AUGAGAGGUUCUUAUGUCAGAGAUGGGUAUAGGUCUCAGUACAGAUACGCAAAUGGAUCAGAUGGAAACAAUAAAAUGCAGAAUUCCUAUAAUAGGAGAAAUAUCUAUUUAAAGAAAGAAGCACAGAAAGAGAAAGGAAUAACAUUUUGUCCGCAUUACACCCUGAGAGGAUCAUGCCGUUAUUUAAAUGAUUGCAAAAAUUUACAUAAUUUAAAACUAGUUGACUCAUUUUAUUUACAAAGAUCAUACAUAGAUUGUGCUAUAAUAGUUCAUGGGCCGAAUAAUGAAAUAUAUUUGUUUACGUCUGUAUCUCCAUAUACAAUUAAUGUAUGGCUGUUUGUACCUGGAGAAGGAUCUAAAGAACUAGACAUAAAACAUUUAAAAAAAAUAGAGUUUGAGUUAACAGAAGAAGAAGAAUCAUAUGUUGACAAUAAAUUAAAACAAAAUAAAAAGAACAGUGGAAGAAAAAAUAAAAAAAGAGUCUUAUCCUUAUUAUAUGCUGAAGAAUGUAUAUUCGCUGGUUUAGACAAUGGAUUAAUAAAAAUUAUGCACUUGCCUUCCUCGGAUUCGUCUACUCUUUUUGCGCAUUCAGAUGCCAUAUAUAGUAUUGUAUGUAUUGACGGAAUUAUCAUAUCAUCAUGUAUUAAUGGGGAAGUAAAAUUUUGGAAGUAUCAAGAGAGUUACUUAAGUUUUGUUACAAUAAAAAAGAUUGAAACAAGAACGAGAAUUUACAAAAUGAUAGAAAUAAUAUCAGGAAAAUGUCUGAGUAAUACAAACAAUCGCAGUAGUACAAAUAAUACGUAUAAUCCAAAUAGUGCAAAUAAUACCAGUAGUGCACAUAAUGGCAAUAAUCCUAGUAAUGAAAAUUUUAAUUCUGAAGUGUCGAAAUACAGUAGGACUCUUUGGGUUUGUGGUGAUGGUAUAACUAUUAUUAAUUUGCUAAAUCUUGAAAUCGUAAAUAAUCUUAAGUGUAAAUAUGGAAGCGUUGUGUCAGUUAUACAGUAUGAAGCUAAUGUUAUAACAGCAAUGAGUGAUGGUAAAAUUGUAGCAUUUGGUUUAACAGGCGAAGCACAUUUUGAAAUGAAUACUUUGCCUAUUUAUUGUAUGGCAGGUUUGAAAAAUGAACGAAAUUUGCCAAUAUUAAUAUAUGGAUCUACCAAAGCUUUAUAUACUUUUUCUUUACCUGAAUUCAAUCCAUAUGGGUAUUUAAAGGACAGAGAUAACAUGAUGCUCAAGUUUAAUAUUAAUGAUCCAGAUUUUAUACUCGCUCUGUCAGGGCCAUAUUUCAUAGUCAUUUUUUCGAACAAUGGUAAUGCAAGAGUUUGGAAGUGGGAGUCAAGUGAGUAG